AUGCAGCACAUGCAGCGCAUGUUUUUGCUCCAAAAUGCGAUCCAUUUGAAGCAGCAGCAAGACAAACCUGACAUAGUUGUUCUCCGGUUGUUUUUCUUUGUUAUAACUGAAGAAAUUGUCCGUGGUGCAGAUUGUUGUGGUAUGGAAGGAGUUGAUAGUGUAUUAGAUAUGCCAGCAAUAAACAAUAUGAAGACAUCGUUUCAUGCGACAACUACGGCAUAUCUUUCGAUAGCCAGUGGCUGA